AUGGCCCUACGCGCGCUGCUCCUGGUCGCUGCGGCCGCGGUGGAGGUGCCUUUUUGCCACUUGGAGUGGCUGGAAGCUGUGGGCUGCCCACGCGAGGAGCAUGGUAUUGACUGGGAGGUGUUCCUGGCGAGCGCCUGUGAGAAGUGCAAGGCGGACGAGCCCUGCCGCCUCGAGCCAGAGGAUGCAGCAUACAUCUUGGCUCAGGAGGUAACAACUGGCUCCGAGGUGCAAGCCUUCCGCUGCGCCGCGGGGCUGCUGUCAGCGAUGAUCAUCGUGGCGCAGUACUUCUUGGUGAAGUCGCCUGUGCCGGAGCAGCUGGAUGGUGUGUUAGGCAAGGCGUCCUCCUUGGCGCCGUUCCCCUUCUACACCUCGCAGUACAGCCGCUACUCCAACAUGGUGCCGGUGAACCUGAUGGCUUGCGAUUUGGGGCAGCAGUCCAGCCCCAAGUUGUUCAACAGGUUUGUGCCGCGUGUCCACGCGGAGGACUCGGGCUUGUGUGGCCUGGUCUACACGGACGACCAGCUGGUGAGACGGUGCCGCUCGAUGCGGAAGAACGCAAAUGUACCAGAUCGCAUCACAGAUGCUCUGGACCACAUCCAGUGCCCAACUUUUGGCGACAUGUUGGUAGAUCAGAAGUUGGGCAACAAGAUCCGGAAGUACGAGAUGCGCGCCAACCAGCUGCAAUGCCAAGACUCGCGGGGCAUGUGGCACGAGGCCAUGAGCGACGUGCACAAGUGCGUGUUGAUCACAGUGGCCCACUGGCUGCGGUUUCGGCCCAAGGAGCUGGUUCUGGACUGGGGCUCCGGCUGCGGCCACAAGCUGUCUUGGGCGAAGAUGCUCUUCGAUGUGGAUGGCCUUGGGGUUGAGAUCCAGGAGCCGGCGGCGCGGUGGGCGCAGCGCCACUCUGCAGGGAAGUUCUGUCAUGGGGACGGGAGGAACCUGUCCUGGGUGCCUGAGGACACCUUUGACCAUGUGAUCUCUUAUGCCUCUAUCUACCACCUGGAGAGAGAGGAGCAAUGCAGUGUGGGGAUCCAGCUGGUCCGGAAGCUGAAAGUUGGCGGCCGGGCCUUCCUCGGAUGGAACCACGGGCCCAACAUGAGCAACUGGGAGUGGCUCAUGUGCUUUCGGGAUAGUCAUAGCUUGGCCAAAGAGAACGGCCUGGCCGGCGGGGUCGAGGUGGACUUUGAUGCCGUGGAGGACGGUUACCUGUUCCCGCCCCACGCGCGCGUGCUGGAGGACAAGCGGUCCUUCCUGUACCAGUACCCGGCGUACUCCAUUUUUUUGACACGGCUGGCCUGA